UUCAGUCAGUCAGUCAAUCAGUCAAUCAAUCAAUCAAUCAAUCAAUCAAUCAAUUAAUCAAAUCAAUGAAUAAAUCAUAUCAAUCAAUCAAUCAGUUAUUCAGUCAAUGAAAACCAUCAACAUAUUAUUUCACUGUCCGCUCUCUCCUUACCACCGAUACCGGCCGGAUGGCUAUAGUUUCCAUUCAAUUUUGCGAUUAAAGCUUGAAAAACGAAAACGAAACGAUACGUAGGAAUUAGUUACAUAAAUUUAAUAUGAGUGCGACAAGUUUAUUAUCUUUAGACAGAACUAGGUUAAAAAAAAAAUUUAAUUAUUUAAAAUUCAGAAAAGAAUGAAGUGCGGGCAGGGUUUCCAGUGUGACCUAUCGUGUAAACAGCAUCAACAUACAUUCCUAGACGUACAUGAUACAUGUCAUACCAGUAUACAUAUUAACAAACUACUUAUAGAGAAAGAAGAACUCUUAAAUCACAGCUUACCAGCUAUGCCGGGUUCUCAGCUUUACAAUAACAAGCCCCUAUGGUUUCCUUAUGGUUUCACUCUGCAAUAUGCAUCGGCCAAUAGUGAUGCACAAUAUCGGGGUAAAGAUGAGGCGACACGCCCUCAUCCCAUGCUCACAGUUUGAUUUUAGCUUCGAACAAACCCGGCUUAGCAUUCCUUCACAUCGAGAGCCACUUAAUUUUCAACACUCAAAAAACGAAAAACAUAUUGUAUCGUCAGUACUAAAAUAGGCUGAAUGUUUGGCAUAGUGAAACAGUCGCUAGAUUUAGUUGUCAUGGAGAUGAGUGAUUGACGCGAUGUCGAUUCAGUGUUUUAUGGAUUCUCAAUCGGGCGCUGGGGUAUCCCACUAAGACGGCCUUCAUAAUCUCGAUGACGCUCAGGUGUGUUUCACAGCUGAAAGACAAUAAACAGAGAUAGACAAUGUUUUCUAGACUGGCACACAAAUAACACGCUGAGACCAGCUGAGACGCUACACAUUUUAACACUUCUCACCAGAGGAAGGCCUAAAAGAGGUACAGCCUUGGCUGAUAGGCCAUCAAAAUAGCUCACGUGAAAAUUUUAUUGGGAAAUAUUUCUACAUAGUACAGCCGCUUUAUAAUCUCCCAACAUUUUCAAUUGUGUUUCGUGCAUAAGAAUUGAAAUGUGGCACACGUGUGCGUUUUUGAUCGCGUUGAUUUUCGCUGGGCAAUGCGGCGGAAAGAAAUCAUCUGUACCAGAUUAUUCCCAACGCCCUACUCUGAUAGCAAGCGACUCGCAGAUUCUGCCACUGAUAGACGAUUUACAGAGCGUCACGAACCCACCUAAAGACAAAGAUUUAAAACUUUCUAAACUAACCAAAAUCCUGGGCGAUGACUUCGAUCCUGCUUGGAUGAGUAUAAAUGAACCAAGGAAUAAAAACGUUGAUGUCGUUGAAAUAACGGAUGAGGAACUUCUACAAGAGUUUCGAAAUUUGUCAAUAAAAUAUCGAGACGAGAACGGAAAUCGAGUGCGAGUAAGUGACGAGACAGAAGCAAUCCUAGAAAAAUGGUUAACACAGAAAGCAAACUGUCCAAUUCAGUAUAAAUGGGUUGACCUUGGACAGCUGUUCUGGCCCCGGUGGGUGAAGCGUGGGGAGUGCAUCCAGCGAAAAUGUUCCUGGCCUUCAGGUAUGCAGUGUAGUUCGUCUGAUAUGAUGACAAUUCGACCCCUGCGUUGGCACUGUAUUCGAAAGUCAAAGAGGGACAGGGAGAGGAGGCGAGAGAAACGGGGGUCAUCAAAGUUCAAGUGCCGAUGGAUACCCGUGCCCUACCCCAUGACAUCAAAAUGUAGUUGCCAAUGUAAGGAUUAACUGGAGAAUUAUUUUACCACACAAAAUGGAACAAACAAUAUUUCACGCAUUAUGCGAGUACACAUCAGAAUUGUGACAAUGCUGGAGAUUUUACUCCGAUGCUAAAGAUUGAAAACGCGUGCAAAGUAGAAAUGUUCUGUUGCAAAUAAUUGUGAGUUUAUACACAUCAACAUCUUUUUUUUUUACAAUUUGAUUGCAGAUAGUUUACAUCAACCAUAAUAAAAGGCGUCUUUUACAGACGUUUUUGACCGCUUACGACUAUCUAUUACAUUGUAAUUUUUGUAAGCAAUAGCUGGUUACAAUAAUAGGUUCCGAUGGUCAGUUUGCUUAUAAAUUCAAGCACUUAAUUGUUAUGGUUUAGAAGUCAAAUCAUAUUUGUUAUUUGUUAAUAAAUCUCGUCACUUGAAACCUGGUUUCCAUUGAAUCGCUACACAGUCGCUACAGUGUUUUCACUGCAUCCUUGCACUGCGUAGCUGUCGCCGACGCAAUCGGGAACGCUCCCUUUCAACUGACCAAUCAGCGUCACCAAAGAAGUCGGCGUUAGCGUGUAUACAAUUUUCAUGGAAACCAGGCGUUACAACAUGACGUUUAUGUGACAAAUUGGUGUGAUUUGUCCUUACACACAAAUGUGUUACAAUGUGUUGCAUAAAACUAGAUAGUGUGGGCUCAGUUUUUAAAAUCUGGUUAGAAUUCGACAACAGGAACAGGCCUAUGACGUAGUUAAAGAUUAGCAAUUAGAUUUAUAUAUAAUUGUUUGGUUCGCUAGAAUGUAUCACUUUAAAUAAGGACAUUCGCUAUUCGUGAUUUUAUCGCUGCUUUUGUCUAAUGGUUUAUAAAUCACGUCAUGAUUUUAGCGUUCCCACAGUAACUUGUUUCCAUGCAUAUUUGUGAAAGUAAUGUGUAGUAUUCCGAGAAAUUUUCUUUGUUAUUUUCGAGUUUCGAUUUUAUUUGAUCUUCGAAUCGAAUAUACAUUACUUUAAAAGAAUAGGACUGUUUUAGUAACAUUUUGAUAAGGGCAUUGCAACUUUGGCUAAAAACACAGGGGCGGAUUUAGGGAGGGGGGGGUUUAGGGUUAGGG